CGUCCUGCUCUACUGGCUUAUCAUCUCACUUCGCAACAGGCAGAAGGCCAUCGCACUUUGUACUGCUCUGAUUCGAGCACCACCGGCAUUGAGCGGCUCUUGCAAUCCUGGCCUUGUUAUUCAGAAGUGAGACUUAGUGAGAUAGGCUCAUUCAGAACCCCGGUGCACGAACUCAAUGCCACCAUGGAGUACCCACGAUCCCGUUUACCGGCCUCUGCUGACCUGGACCAACACCGGCAGUUCCAUGAUUCAUGGGAGCCUCGCAUUGACAUGAGCUUCGACUGAAGCUUUUCCACGACUGUCCAAAAAAAGCACCUUGCCAGAUACACCAAAAUAGUCCAAGCUGCCUGGUCUAAUAACGAAUUCGCCAUGGAUUCUCCAACUCAGAAUGUGAUCGCUUCUCGGGCAAGGCGCGCCUUUAUGUUGGCCUACCGCAUUUCAUUUCCGACGUUUCGACUCGUUUGCCUUGUGAGGACGUCGACUCGCUCUCCGGUGACCUCAUUCCUCAACACACUCAUUGAUCGCACCGCACGCAAUUCUUGACUUCAAUUGCAUAGCAGAGCAAGCUUCAAGAUCCGCUUACGACCAAGAUGCACGCCAUAUUCCCCAUCCUGGCGCUCGCCAGCUGCGCGCUAGCUCAAUUGUCCUUAACCGAUGCCAUCAAAGAGAUUCCCGCUUGCUCUAUUCAAUGCCUUUCUAUGGGAUCGGCUGCUGCCACUGAAUGUGGUAUCGCGGAUGCGUACUGUCAAUGCACCAAGGGCGCGCCAGCUAUCAAGAUUGUCACUCAGAAGUGCUUGUGCGAGGCUGCGGCCAGCGGGAAAUGUACUGCUGAUGACUUGAUGAAGGCCAACAAGGCCUCAUCAGAUAUCUGCAAGGCUGCUCUCGCCGCCAAGGGAGAAACGUUCUCUGCGCCGCCAGCCGUCGACGCAAGCGCAUGUGGAGGCGCCGUGUCUUCAAUGGCACCAACGAUGAUGUCCUCGAUGAUGUCGUUGCCAAUGGCUUCCUCCACUUCAUUUUCUACCACCAUGGCAACACCAAUUGCUUCUGCACCUUCGACAAUGGGACCAAUGCCGGGAGUGAACAUGACAACUCCACCAGCGGCCUACGGUGGCACGAACACUACCAUGACCAACAUGACGAUGACUGCCUCUACGACAAUGACCGCUUCCGUAACCCCGAGCCAGACCGCGAAGCCCACCACGUCUGCUCCAGCUCAGCAAACUGCUGGUGCUCGUUCGACUGCUGCGGGAGACAGCUUUGCCGUGCUGUUGUCUUUGGGCAUGCUUGGUAUGGCAGCUGCUGGAUUGGUGGCGAUGUAAAGUGCAGGUGGUGUCAAUCAAUCAAAGCAUGUUACACACAACGCGUUGGCGGCGAAAGAGGCAUAUCUCGCAUUUCCAUUCCGAGACCAGACGUACGUAUUGAUGUCUAUGACGGCAGAAUCUCUCAAAAUCCAAAGGCUUCGACAUUGUG